UUUAAACUGAUUUUUUUGAAGACAGACAAUUUUACAAGCAUUCUAAAAAAAUGGAAAAGAAUAUCAUAUUAAACCCUAGCGGCAAAUGUGUGCUUUGUGCAGAACAAAGUGGCCUUGUUUGUCAGCGCUGUGGCGAUUUUUAUUGCGGCAAAGAUUGCCAAAUACGUGACUGGCAGCGUCACCGCUAUAUUUGUGCUCCGCUCCCAGCUCUUGUGCAUCCUAAUGCAUGUUCCGCCCUAGGAGACGCGGUGUUGCCUAUGCUGCCACUAUCAAAUGUAGUCACCAAGAAGGCAGAAACGACAACUGAUAACAAUAAUAUUGCUGUUGAUGAAAGCAAUGCAGGCAAUGGGCUGGAAAAAAAGCAAGAUCAGCUGAAAUGUACCUCACAAGUAAAGAACGCUGAGCUUCAAUCGGCAGCAACGGAUGCGAUGGCGAUCGGUAAUAUGAGUAAUUGCGAUACUACUAAUGGCACUAUCCCUAAAAAGAUGCCAGCCAACAAUAAUAAAAAUAACAAAAAUGUUAGCAACGUGACACCACCCAAUGUAACUUCGUCAGUUGAAAGCAAUCUAAAAGCUUUCAUUAUAACUGGAUUUCGUGGGCCGAAUAAUUGUUCGGUGCGGGAAGAUAAUGAAUUAAAUACCAAAAACUAUAACGAUAUAUUGCACAAAAUUAAUCUAUUGGGCAAGAAUCAGCCUAAAGCUAAGAAGUUAAAACGCUUCUCUUUUGUGAUCGCUGAAUACAAUGAUAUGUACUAUCGAGGCAAAAUAAUUGCCACACGUAAUGAUUACUCUGUCCGACUAUUGUUCAUAGAUCUUGGCAUUGUCAGACAAGUAAAUAUAACCAAUCUUAAGGAAAUUAGAAAAGAAAUAAUAGAUUUACCUUGCUACAUUAAUCCAGUGAUGCUUUUGGACGUAUCUAACUAUGCAUUAAGCACCAAAAUUCAAGAUUUUCUUAAUCAAUUUGUAGGUGCAAAAUUCAUUGCCAAAAGAUACAAAAGUAAUAAGGUUGAGCUGUUUCAUAGCGAUACGCACCAAUUGUUAAAUGCACAAAUACGUGAAUUCUGUGCUGAUAUGCCAUUGUUUAAGGCACCCAAUACAUUGUCAUCAGCGACAUCCACAUCAUCGCUAUGCACAGAUAGUAGUAACAAAUCAAACGUGGCGAAGGCAACUGACUUCCCUUUGGCGAAUGGGACAGUUGAGUUCAUGGACUUAAAGAAAAGCUCAUCUGAAGAAAGUAAAACCACUGGGGCAGCUCAAGGAUGCACUUGGGUGAAUGAGACAGUUAAGAAAAUUGUUGAAGCAUAUACAGCUCAAAAACCUAACGAAAUUAAUGAAUCAAUAAAAUUGCUUGAUUUCAUAGACUUUAAGACAAGCUCAUCUAAAGAAAGUGAAACCACUGGGGCAGCUCAAGGAUUGAAGAUAAAAGAAGACAUUUCGAGUGGAGACACAAGCGCAUUUAAGGAUAAACUUGAUGAUGUAACAGCAAGUGAAGUUUUCCAGAAAAAUCCUGGGCCCACGCUAUUGGCAAAACUUAAUUCAUCUAUGAAAUCAACUGCCAUACAAGUUACAAAUGAUAACACUGCCAUGGCCACUAACCCUGUGCUACUUGCACCUUUUCCUAUGCCACGCCUUAACGUCAAUCCAGACAUAGGACUUGAUGUUUUCAUUGUAGAUAACAAAAGCAUUUCACGUGGUAAAUUUGGCGCAUUCGAUAGCACCAAGGCAAAAGACUUUACAGAAUUACAUGACUUGCUCGCUGAAUUCAAAGAUGCCAACCCAUAUAGGCCAGUACUCAGAGAAUACGUUAUUGCUAAAUUUGAAGAUGCAUGGUGUCGCGCCAAGAUAUUGGAUAUAAAAGCUGCUAUUCCGCACACCAUAUACACAGUAUUGUAUCUGGAGUUUACCAGCAGUGGCGAUGUUACCGAAGAACAAAUUCGACGCUAUCCAGCAUCCUUAACAGUACCAUGUAACACUAGCGUUUGUCUAAUUGAAGGUUUUCCACACAAGUUAAAUAAAGCACAGCUUGAUUUGUUGGAGGAGAAAAUGCAAAUGCACAGCGUGCUGCAUCUGGAUAGUGUGAGGUAUUUACAUGACUUGGCUGUGAUCAAGUGUAAGACACUAACUGCAGCACUUAACGAAAAAGCUUAAACAAUUCGUAAAGCAAAUAUAUUCUUCAAUUACCCUGUAUCAAACAUUCAUCAUUAUG